AUGUCCACUUUCCAUUCCUUCACUUGUCUUCCAAACGAGCUUCGGGCCAGAAUAUGGGCACUAUCCAUAGAACCUCGUACUGUCGAGGUGCGCGUCAACUAUGAGAAUCAAGUCCUGUUAGGCACUGGCACCGAGAACAAUUGGAGACGAUUGGUUCGACAGGUUAUCUCGCCAACUCCAGUGCCAGCAGUUCUUCAAGUUUGCAAAGAAUCCCGAACCCAGGGACUAUAUCAAAAGGAGUGUUUCGAGUCAAACUCCCGCGAUGUCUACGACGGAGAGCGUCGGUAUCUCUGGUUGAACUUCAACAUCGACAUGGUAUCCAUCGGUCCAACAGGCUUCGCGGACCUCAUCACCAUCGCACCACGCAUCAAGCGGCUCAAAUUCGAUCGCAUGAACUCCGACGAGGGCUUUUAUCACUUCGAGGUUCAUGAACUUCGUAACUUUGUCAACCUUGAAGAAGUCCACGUGGUCUGUUCCGACGGUCUGCAGGCGUGGUGGGGAGCCGCUGAAGACCACUACUGGCCAUGUGGACAGCAGAACCUGUUCUUCAUUGACCCGGAAAACGGUCAGAUGGUUAGGAGCAUUGAGAUGGACAUCAUGUUUGAUGAAAAGAUGAAGGCCGAAUGGGCGAAAGAUGGUUUCGAGUAUCCUAGUGGCGAGCCGAUUCGGUAG